AUGGACGAGGUGACGGGUGUCUUUGGGACGCUGGAGUACAUGGAUAGCAGGGCCCUGAAGGACAAGACCUGCAGCCGCGCCACCGAUUGCUUCAGCCUCGGUGCCACUCUCUAUGAGCUGCUGUACUCCCGCCGGUUGUACCCGCCCUGCAGGAACCCGAAGUGUGUGUCGGAGGACGACCACACACGCCACUGCUACGUGGAGGCGGCUCAGCAGAUGGUGGUGAUCGCGCCGCCGCCGGCCUCCACACCGUCAGCGGGCAUCGUGCAGAAAGUACUGGGGGGACUCCUCGCGCUCGACCCUAGGGAGCGCUGGACAGCGGAGCGGUGUCGUUCCUUCUUUUUGAUUCACGGCAUCGCCGGCGCCCCAUCAGCAACGCCGCCCUGA